AUGAUUGGCGACCUAUAUACCCCAGACGGCAGUCCAUGGAGAGGGCCUCCAUUGGCUGGUGGGCAGCAGAGGAGGAGUCUGCAUGCUGUGAUUACCAGGCAGUGCAGAGAGAGCGUGUGGAUCUCUCCUGCUUGCCAAGAGCUGCCUGCUGCACAGGCUGAGAGGGAGUGUGUCUUAUAUUGGCUGUACGCGCAUCUCUCUCCGUCUCCUCCUCCUCCUCCUCCUCUUUCUGGUACCGGCGGCGCCACGGGGUGCUACGAGCAGCUGCUGGUGUCCACCGAGGUCUUCCUGCUCCUGGGCAUCCUCAGCCUGGUGGAGAACAUUCUGGUGGUGGCGGCCGUGGUGAAGAACCGCAACCUGCACUCGCCCAUGUACUUCUUCCUCUGCAGCCUGGCCGUGGCGGACAUGCUCGUCAGCGUCUCCAACGCCACGGAGACCGUGGUCAUGGCGCUGCUGACGGGCGGCGGCCUGAGGGUGCGCGGCAGCCUGGUGGAGAGCAUGGACAACCUGUUUGACUCCAUGAUCUGCACCUCGCUGCUGGCCUCCAUCUGGAGCCUGCUGGCCGUGGCCGUGGACCGCUACAUCACCAUCUUCUACGCGCUGCGCUACCACGCCAUCAUGACGCGCCGGCGCGCCGCCUGCCUGGUGGCCGGCAUCUGGGCCUUCUGCACGGCGUCGGGCGUCCUCUUCAUCGUGUACUCGGAGAGCACGGCGGUGCUGGUGGUCCUCAUCCUCAUGUUCUUCGCCAUGCUGCUGCUGAUGGCCUCGCUGUACGUCCACAUGUUCCUGCUGGCCCGGCUGCACCUGAGGCGCAUCGCCGCUCUGCCCACCGCCGCCGCCACCGCCAGCCACUCAGGCAGUCGCCACGCCACUAACAUGAAGGGAGCCGUCACCCUGACGAUCCUGCUGGGGGUGUUUGUGGUGUGCUGGGCGCCCUUCUUCCUGCACCUCAUCCUCAUGAUCUCCUGCCCGCGGAACCCCUACUGCGUCUGCUUCAUGUCCCACUUCAACAUCUACCUCAUCCUCAUCAUGUGCAACUCCAUCAUCGACCCGCUCAUCUACGCCUUCCGCAGCCAGGAGAUGAGGAAGACCUUCAAGGAGAUCUUCUGCUGCUGGACCGCAUGCUUUGCUUUGUAUUUGUAA